AUGGGCAACGCAAAACAAAAUAAGCAAUCGCAAAAAAAUGGCGACUCUGCUAAAGCCAAGCGCGACAGGAGGCAAAAGCGCGAGGAGUACCGCGCGGCUAUGAAGCAAGAGGGCGUCGCCGAGCUGCCAAGGAAAAAGUUCUACCGCCAGAGGGCGCAUGCAAAUCCGUUUUCGGAUCACAGAUUAGUAUACCCUCCACACCCUGAUAUGAUGGACUGGAGCGUGCUGUACCCGGAUUAUGCUGUUGACGAGCCGAAGGAAGACACUCCAGCUCCGGCUCAAGAAUCUUCAGAGCAAAGUGUCCAAGAAGGCCAACAAGAGACAUCUCCAGAGAGCCAAUCCCAAAGCAUCGUAUCAUUGAACCCGCGUAAACUCUCCAAACAGGUCGAGGUCGCUGACAUAGGCUGCGGCUUCGGCGGUCUCCUCGUCGCCCUCGCUCCGCUAAUGCCCGACACCUUAAUCCUGGGCCUCGAAAUUCGUGUCUCAGUCACCCAGUUCGUCGAAGACCGCAUCAAGGCCCUCCGCCUCAAGCACAAAGACACCCAAGCUUACCGCAACGUGGGUGUGCUCCGCGCCAACACCAUGAAGUUCCUGCCCAACUUCUUCCACAAGGGCCAGCUGACCAAGAUCUUCAUCUGCUUUCCCGACCCGCACUUUAAAGCGCGGAAGCAUAAGCAGAGGAUUGUAUCCACGACUCUGAAUUCGGAGUAUGCGUAUGUCAUGCGGCCGGGUGGAGUUGUGUAUACGAUUACGGAUGUGCUGGAUCUGCAUGAGUGGAUGGUGCAGCAUUUUACGGCGCAUCCUUCGUUUGAGAGGGUUAGUGAAGAAGAAGUGGAGAAUGAUCCGUGUGUCGGGGUGAUGAAGACUGAGACGGAGGAGGGAAAGAAGGUGGAGAGGAAUAAGGGGAACAAGUAUGUCGCGUUGUUUAGGAGGUUGCCUGAUCCUGAAUGGUAG